UCUCCCGCUUCCACCCUUGCAAUUUCUUUUGAUUUUCAGUCUCAUGAGUAACAAUGGCUCUCCAGAAGAUCGAAGUAACCAAAUUUUAUAUGAUUAUUGUAUGGUUUCUGGCGUACGCAAGAACGUACUCCUUUGCGGAAUCGUCGACGUGCUUGAUGGUGUACAAGGAAGGUGGCGCUACGGCAGUAUUUCAAUCCCCGAAAUGUCCUCUCUGGAAGCUCUCCGACUACACUUUUCAAUCACCCAGCGCCUCUCAUUGUCAAAUUGCAAUGCAUCAGGGUCGAAGAAAGUAUCAGGAGGAUCGCACUCUCUGUGCUCUCGAUGUUCGAAUUCCCUUCCCAGGUAAAUCAGGUCUCACGGAGAUCCCUGUCGGAGUAAUAGCGGUUUUCGAUGGUCACAAUGGUGCUGAAGCUAGUGAGAUGGCUUCAAAGAUUUUGUUAGAGUAUUUUGUCGUGCAUACUUAUUUUCUUCUUGAUGCCACUUAUUCUGGAAUUUUCAAGAGAUCCGUUAAGACGUUUUCGAAUGAGAGGGAUCAUGGUACCAUCUUUAAUCAGCUUAGUUGGAAUGAGGAAAUUAGCAAGCGUGGUCUGGAACUUGGAAGGCUUAAAUACUUACUUCCAGCAGAUCUUGAUAAUGAUUUCCAUUUGGAAAUUUUGAAAGAAGCACUGUUGAGAGCUAUACAAGAUAUUGAUAAAACAUUUUCCAAGGAAGCACAUAAAUAUAAUCUCGUUUCGGGUUCUACUGCUACUGUUAUAUUAUUAGCAGAUGCGCAAAUUUUGGUUGCAAAUAUUGGUGAUUCAAAGGCUUUCUUGUGCUCUGAAAAAUUUCAGUCACCCACAGAGGCUAAAGCCACAUUCUUAAGGUUAUACAAGCAAAAAAGAUAUAGUGGUGCCCCACGUGCAAGGGGCCAUGGCAAUUCUAGACCGGAUUCCUAUGAUGGGCUGGCACAUUUUUAUGUCAAAGAAUUGACAAGAGAUCAUCAUCCAGAUAGAGAGGACGAAAGAUCUAGGGUGGAGAUUGCUGGGGGUCACGUUGUUGAUUGGGGUGGUGUACCUCGAGUAAAUGGUCAGUUGGCUAUAACCAGAGCAAUUGGUGACGUGCCUUUUAAAAGCUAUGGGGUUAUAUCUGCACCAGAAGUGACUGACUGGCAACCUUUGACUACUAACGAUAGCUAUUUGGUGGCUUCAUCUGAUGGCAUUUUUGAGAAACUGAGCUCACAAGACGUAUGUGACUUGAUGUGGGAAAUACACAAUGAUGGUAUGUCAAGUUCUGAACAUUAUCCUUCAUGCUCAUACUCAUUGGCGGAUUGCAUUGUUAGCACUGCCUUUGAAAGGGGCAGUAUGGAUAACAUGGCUGCUAUUGUGGUUCCUUUAAGACCUGCUAGUUCUUCUCAGAGAUAUUUGGAGGCAAGCUUUGUUGCAAAGAGAGACUUGAGUUUUCCCAUAUCUGGAUUAGAAAAGCUUACUAGAGAGCACUCAGCCAAUGGCGUGUCUUCAAAUGCUGUCCAAUUGGAGCAUUCUCAUCCAGUUAUGUCCAAGUUCAAGAGAUUAUUAGUUGAAGGAAGACACAGUAAUGUGGGAUGUUUUUAUCUGUCUGAGAAUCUGGAUGAAUACAAGGAUUACGGGUUGAAAACUCAAAAUGAAGAAGAAUAUUUGUGUGAUCUACCCCACACUCUACCAGAAUCCAUCAACCAGCCCUAUGGUGGAUCUUUAAAUGUGUACAAUGAUCAAAACUUGUGCUUUCAUCUUGGAACGACUGAAGCUAAAGAUCAGUGCUUUAAUCCUGAAGGCUUUGCUAGUUUUCUUGGUUUUCUUGAAUCAAUUCCUUUUCAUGAUCCUGGUCCAGAUUAUCAACUAUUUGAGCAUCCACCGCCUGUCUUGAGGUAUGUCUUAAAGAAAAGGUUCGGUCGUGGUUCCUAUGGCGAAGUAUGGCUGGCUUUUCAUGGGAACUGCCAGGAAGGCUUUAGUGGAGUUGGAGAGAAUAUUAAUGUUUCAUGCAACUCACCUUUUGGUGACACCAACGUUGGAAACUGUAGCUGCUCUUCAAAUAGUUCUCAAGCUUACUUUCUGGAGGAUAACUUGUUCAUCAUGAAACGUGUAAUGGUAGAAAGAGGUGCUGGAGUCUAUUUGAGUGGCUUACGGGAGAAAUAUUUUGGUGAAUUAUUUUUUAAUGCAACUAUACGCCUUGGAGAUGUGUUAUCAACUGGAAUAUCGAACUUUGUCUUUGAAGAGCCACUGUGGGGGUCAAAAGACUUAUUGGCAAAAGAUGAAUCACUGAGUUAUGAAGUAGGGAAAAUCAGGCAUUCUAAAAAUAUUUUUCUGGAUCAGUUUAGACCAAAGACAGUUAUCUAUGAAGAAGGUUUAAAUCAUAUUGCGAGAUAUGUAGAAUCCUUUGAAUCUAGGUCUAAUGAAAUAUGGCUUGUAUUUCAUUAUGAAGGCAUGUCCCUCUCAAAGCUUGUAUAUUCUAUCCAAGAUUCUGAUGAAGAAACGGUUGAGCCAAAAAAACACGUUCAAAUUUUACAACCUUCUAAGUGGUGGCACUGGUUGAAAACAACAGAAGCAGGACAAGAGGAAAUGAAACAUUUGAUACGCCAGUUGUUGAUGGCACUCAAGUCUUGUCAUGACCGCAAUAUCACUCACAGGGAUAUUAAACCUGAGAACAUGGUGAUAUGCUUCGAAGAUCAGGCUACUGGAAGAUGCUUGAAUGGAAGCCGAUGGGGAGAUGAGAACUUCUCUACUAAAAUGCGCAUUAUUGACUUUGGUAGUGCUAUUGAUGCAUUCACAGUUAAACAUCUAUAUGGAUCUACUGGGCCUUCCAGAGCUGAACAGACUUUGGAUUACGCACCCCCUGAAGCCUUACUUAAUUCAAGUUGGUAUCAGGAGAUGUCAAGCUCGACUUUGAAGUAUGAUAUGUGGAGUGUUGGUGUUGUGAUGUUGGAAUUGAUCUUAGGAUCGCCCAAUGUUUUUCAGGUAAGUGAUUUAACCCGCGUUCUUUUGGACCAGCAUCUUCAAGGUUGGAAUGAAGGCUUAAAGGAGCUAGCAUACAAGCUUAGAACGUUCAUGGAGUUGUGCAUUUUAAUUCCUGGAAGUUCCUCAAAAAGUAAAAAAAGUGAUCAUCAAGGAGGUUCACCAGCAUCCUGGAAAUGCUCUGAAGAAGUUUUUGGCCACCAAAUAAGGAGUAGAGAUCCUCUUAAACUUGGGUUUCCAAAUGUUUGGGCUUUACGGUUAGUCCGCAAUCUACUACAAUGGAAUCCAGAGGAUCGUUUGAGUGUCGAUGAUGCUUUGCGACAUCCUUAUUUCCACCCUUCUUCUAAAGGAUGACCUUGCAGAUUGACAAAUGUUAUACAGAGAGUAGUUAUAAUUUCACCAAAGUUGCAGAUUUUGUUGCCUACAAUCGAAAAUUGAACAGAAUCAGAAGCUCGGUUGAUGCAUUUUUCCAUCAAUUGAGGAUUUCGACAUUCUUCUGCAUAAGAAUACUGAUGCAAAAUCUGGAUGGAGCCUUUCAUCUCUUAUUCACAAGUCGCCCGUCUAGAGCUGAUUAUUGCCAGUGUUGUUAUGAUACUUUGUGAGUAAUCCACUGUAUCAAUGAUGCUAAAUUUCUCGGUCAAGGCUCGAGAUGUUCUGCUGCCACUGGUAGUAAUAUCAUAUUCAUGUAAAGGUUGUAAUUAAACAAUAUCUGUGUUAUAUCAAAUGAGGUUACUGAGUUUGGGCUCUCUAGAAACUAAUAUGGAGAAAAUUAUAGGAAAUUGCGAAUUAAAA